CGAGCCGCAGGCCGUACGGACGAACGCGCCCGGCGGAAUUUCCCCGUAGGAGAGUGCAUCAGCACGCUUGUUUGCCGGCCACGGACCACGGACCCCUCUUCCGAGAAAUCCUAUUUCAGGAAGGACAUUAUCUUUGCGGCGCGGAAAGGAAUGCACCCGGCUCGAAGCCGCACGGCAAAAAAGACUCGCUGACGCAGCCGAUAAACUGACACCUAGAGUUCCGACCAUCUGUAUUGCUGACGUUCACUAACAAGAUUUCAUCAUGUCGGAGAAGGACGGCAAGCGCGUUGUGACUUUUGGUCCGAAGAGCGGCGAGUGUGCUGUCUGCGACAAAGUGGGCACCCUGAAAUGCAGCCGCUGCCAGGUGGACUUCUACUGCGGCAAGGAUCAUCAGGUUCAGGACUGGCCUCGCCAUCGCCAGAUUUGCGGUUGCAUGGAGUUGCGUGUUAGUCCUGAGGUUGGCCGCUGCGUCGUGGCCACCAAGGACAUCCCAAUGGGUACCAUACUCAUGAGGGAAAUCCCACUGGUAGCCACUCCCAAUUUCGGGUCGGAUGAAGAUCAGCCCCUGUGCGUGGGUUGUUUCAUGCCGCCCCACCGCGUGCGUGCGUGCGCCCUGUGCGGCUGGCCGGUGUGCAGUGAGGCCUGCAGCAAGAAGGAGAUCCACCAGCCCGAAUGCGCUGCCUUCCAGCGCGCCAAGUUCAAGCUGCCCAAGGGUAAACUCACCGCCUGGGAGUCGAGAUUGUGGAGUUACCUGGCCGCCCUCAGGACCACCCUUGCUUUCGAAGACAAAGCGCGCCGAGAUAUUUUGGAGAGCCUUCAGUACGAAAACCCGCCUGUGACAAAUAUGGUUGAGGAAAUCAACAAGCUGCCGCCUGCCGGCCGCAUGCGCCUCAUGACGAGCCAUAGCGAGUUCGAGCUGGCGUGUUCGAAGGCGGCCGAGUGGGUGCGCGACGUGGCAGGCAUGACCUGGCUCAGCGCCGAGAAGGUGCGUCGCGCGGCCGGCGUCUGCUACAUCAACUCGACGGGCUGCGGCUCGAGCUCGGGACGGCACGUGACUGGUCUGUUUGCCGGCAUGUCGUUGGUGGAGCACUCGUGCCGCCACAACGUGGAGACGCAGGUCUGGCAGCGCGUGGGGGACCCCCACCCAAUGGCAGGUGUCGCCGGCAGCUUGGAGUACGUGUUGGUGGCGACGCGCGACAUCGCUCGCGGGGAGCACCUGGCCCUCGGCUACCUGCCCAACUACCUCGAGGGGGCGGCCAAGCGCCGCAUGGCCUUACUCUACCGGAACUUCCUCUGCCGCUGUGAACUGUGCUCGGACCCAAGCCAGCGCGGGCUGUACCUGGAGGGAUGGUGCUGCCGCUCUUGCAGUGCCAAGAAGAAAAAGGCGUUCCCGGUGCUCAUCCGCGACCUGGACAACAACUGGGCCUGCAGCGGCUGCGGGGACAAGGGACCGCUCGUGGCCUUCGGAGCCGGCGCCACGAUGGAGAUCAUGGCGAACAUGUUCAGAUCGGUCCUCUCGGGCGGCGUCGACAGCAUGAAGGCCAUGGCUCAAAACCCGGCCGGCAUUUUCGACUCGGUGUCCACCCCCGGAGGUGCCGACACACCGUACGACCAGUCCAGGAGUCUGGAGCGCCGCCUCAAGGCCCUGCUGGAGAGUUCCUCAAAGGUGCCGCUGAAGGAGUGGGAGCGGUUCAUCAGUGACGCCCUCUGGCCCCGCGGCCCGCUGCACCCCACGCACAGCCUGGUGCUGCAGGCCAAGAACGCCAUCAUCGAGAUGGACCAACCGGAUGUGCUGGUCGCCAGGCUCACCGCAGCCGAGACGAAGCGCCUGGUGGGGUACUGCCGCGACCUGCUGGCCGUGUGCGAUGAGGUGUGUCCCGGUGCCAGCUCCUUCCGCGCUCAAAUCCUCUGCAUCCAGUCCGGACUCAUCGGCGCCCAGGUGAUGGCGCGGCUCAACGACACUGGACGCAGUGGCCCACGGCCAGACACGGAGGCUCUCCUGGACGAGUGGGAGGCGGUGCACAACGAGCUGCUGGUGACCGCCCUGUGCCCUAAAGGCAGGGACACGACCCUAAGGAACCUUGACCACGUCGCUCAAAUCCGGAAGAACCUGGCCAUGAUGAAGAGGCGCUAGUUCUAGACAAGUUUGAUUUUGAUCGGAGUGUCGCCUGAGGUGCCCUGAUUACUCAGCCGCGUCUCUCUGGUUUAAAUUUGCGCUCGAAAUGUCAUCCUAAGUUUCCAAAAGCGUCAAAUCCUGUGAUUUUAAGUUAAGUUACUACAAUAAUCACUGUUCUUCAUCAAUAGUAUCUUAUUUUUGUGUUUUGACUGUGUCUUUAGCUGUUGUAUGCUUAGUGGUAAUGUCUUAAUGUCUGCCAAAACUUCUUGAAUCAGCCGGCUUUGUAGAGCCUUCACACGAGUAUUUGGAAUUUAAUUUUUCUUUUUCUACCUUAUUGGGUGCUGGAUAUGUGAUUACUUCGUCUCAUGACAUCUGUUUUGCUUGGGUUAUUAAAAAAGCUUUUGUUAAUCAUCUCAAGAAGGGAACCCUUCCAACAAGUGAUUUUAUUCUCUUGUGAACCAUUAUUUUUCUUGAAAUUGAGGAAUCAGGAGAAAGGAAUAAAUAAAUAUGUAUGUCUGUUAAGUUCUCCGUUAAAUCUGAAUUGUAAAUUUCUUAUUGGUACUGGGUAUAAAUUUUGUCUGGUGACCACUAAUGUUUUGGUUGAGUUGUUACGUUGUUAGCAAUCCUAUUACUAAAAACACCAAUAAAAUCAAAUCCUUCAAA